GCGUGCGCGCUCGCGCGGGGCGGAAGGCGCGCAGCAUCAACCAGCCAGAAUAGUUGCGGCGGCGGCGGCAGGAGCAGCGUGCUUUCCAGGGGCGCCGAUGGCCAAGUGGGGAGAGGGGGACCCGCGCUGGAUUGUGGAGCAGCGCGCGGACGCUACCAAUGUUAAUAACUGGCACUGGACAGAAAGAGAUGCAUCUAACUGGUCAUCAGAGAAGCUGAAAACUCUGCUUCUGUCUGUUAGAGCAGAAAAUGAAGAGGGAUCUUGUGAAGUGACAGAAGUGAAUAAGCUGGAUGGAGAGGCCUCUAUAAACAAUCGCAAAGGAAAGUUAAUUUUCUUCUAUGAGUGGAACAUCAAGAUGGCUUGGACUGGCAUCACAAACACAGGUGUGAAGUACAAGGGGCAUGUGGAGAUCCCCAAUCUUUCAGAUGAAAAUGAUAUUGAUGAUAUUGAAAUCAGUGUUACUCUAGCCAAAGAUGAGCCAGACACAAACCUGCUAGCCUUGAUGAAAAAAGAAGGUACAAAAAAGAUCGCCAAUGCUUUGGAAACUUAUAUCAGCACUCUGAAAACAGAGUUUACCCAAGGCAUGAUCCUGCCCACAAUGAAUGGUGAAGAGUCAGAGCCAACCCCCCUCCCUGUGUGUAAACCAGAACAACACAAGGCCUCCGAAUGCGCUGCUGGCAAUGCACUUAAAUCUAAAUCAGUUGGAGUCAAGAUUCCUACCUGUAAGAUAAAUUUGAAGGAAGUUUUCUUAACAUCCCCUGAUGAGCUAUACAGAGUAUUCAUUACACAAGAGCUGGUGCAAGCUUUUACUCACUCUCCUGCUGUUGUGGAGGCUGAUAAAGGGGGGAAAUUCCAGCUACUGGAUGGCAGCGUGACUGGAGAAUUCACUGAACUGGUUCCUGAGAAACAGAUUGCUAUGAAAUGGAGAUUUAAGUCAUGGCCUCAGGGGCACUUUGCAACCAUCAACUUGACCUUCAACGAUAAGGCUGGUGAAACAGAAGUCUGUCUGCAAGGGAAGGGCAUCCCAGCCAAUGAAGAGGAGAGAACAAGGGAGGGCUGGCAACGUUACUACUUUGGGGGUAUUAAACAGACGUUUGGCUAUGGAGCCCGCUUGCUUUAACACUGGCCACUGCGGAGAGUCUCCACCUGAAGAUUCUGCCGUGUGAACUGAUUGGCUUGUCUGUCCCUUUCUAUCCUCUGUUUUGCUGUUGUGAUGAGCAGGAUGAAGGCCACUGAGCUGCACAGAUUCCAGUCCUUCACUGUUUGUUCAUGUCUCCUGCUGCAGGGGAUUCCAAGGUGGAUUCUAAUAAAUGUACAUACGUCCAUAUGUCCAUAAAUAAAGAUAACUUAAAGGUGA